AUGCCAAUUAUCUACCCCUUAAAGAAUUUUGAUUCUUCGAGUGGAAGUGUCUUGGAAGAAGGUUUGGUUCGACUCAAGCGAUGUACUUGUCCAGCUAGCAUCAUUAUUCUGGCCUCGUCCGCUACCGUUCUUCCCAGUCACAUCACUGCAUUUACGAUUUUCUUUCAUUUAUCCUUUUCUUUCAUUUUCCUUUUUUUCUUUCAUUUAACAUCUCCUUUCGUUUAUUGCAUUUACGAUUUUUAUUCAUUUGCCAUUUUCUUUCGUUUUCCAUUUUCUUUCAUUUUCCAUCUUGUUCAAUUAUCAUUUUUUUUUUUACUUUCUAUUUUCUAUCAUUCAACUUUUUCCUUCAUUAACAAUUUUCUUUCAUUUUUCCUUUUCUUUUAUUUAAUAUUUUAUUUCAAUUUGAAAAUUUUCAGUCACAAUUUUCUUUCACUUAACAUUUUUUUCAUUUACCGUUUUCUUUCUUUUUCCAUUUUCAUUCAUUUAUCUUUUUUAUUUUCUAUUUUCUAUCAUUUUUCCUUCAUUAGCAAUUUUUUUUCAUUUUCUCUUUUCUUUUAUUUAAUAUUUUAUUUCAUUUUGCAAAUUUUCAGUCACAAUUUUCUUUCACUUACCAUUUUUUUAAUUUACCCUUUCUUUCAUUUUCUAUUCUCUUUCAAUUGCCGUUUUCAUUCACUUUCCUUUUUCUUUCAUUUACAAUAUAUUCAUUUAAUAUUUUCUUUCAUUUUACAUUUUCUUUCAUUGAAAAUUUUCUUUCAUUUAGACGGGGUUUUUAUCUUCUAUUUUCUUUCCUUUUCUUUCAUUUUAAAUUUUCGUUCAUUUUUCUCUUCUGUAUUUUUAGUUGAUUUUUUUACUGUUUGUUUCUGUCACUCUUUUCUAACUCUCUUUAGUAAUCUUUUAUAUUUCAUCCGCAUUAUUGUAUACCUUCUUUCGUUCUUUUCUUCCUAUUGUCUUCUUUCUUUGUUCAGUCUUCAUUCUACUCAAUGCAUUUGUCUUUUUUUUAAGUAUUAUUUCCUUCCUAAUCCUUUUAUUUCCUUCACCUUCUCCUCCUUUUUCUUUAUAUAUUUACUUAUUAAUAUUUGA